AUGAACCUUCUGUACUCGCCAGUCUUCAAAUGUCCUCCAGAAACAUCCGCACAUUGUCAAUGGAUGUACUAUUUCACUCACUUCGAACUGCUCGCAAUGCUCUUCGAAGUUUCGUGCUUUCUUCUGGUCAUUUACACGACAAUCAAGAGUCCGUUUCACUACAAUCUCAAGUUCAUCACCCUCUUUAUGCUUCUCGGCUACUUCGUCUUCCUCGUCGGACGAUUCAUAACUUGUCUCUACGAGAUCGGAGCGAUCACUUUUCCGGGUAUAUCCGUUUUCAGGUGGAACAUUCAGCUGAUGUCUUUGCAGAUGAAGAUAUUGCGGAUGAGAAAUAUCCAUUGUCACUGCUCAUCAGUUCACUUUUACAGUUCUUUUAUAUGGGCUGCGCGUGUGGAAUGUGGGUUAAGUAGCCUCAGAAUUAACACGUUUUCCGAAUUCAGAAGUCUUGACGUUGCCUUCGAAAGAUUUUUCGCCACGUACUUCGUGGAUACGUACGAAACCCGAAAAAGGAAGUGGAUAUCCCUUCUGGUGUGCUCUGAAUUCACAUUCUGUUGCAGCCUCGCUUCUUUAAUCAUACUUUUCGGUACUUUUUUUCGAAUAAGUUAUUUGCUUAAAUCUCGCUCAUUUUUCAGAUUUCAUUCCUUUCGUUUUCAUUGCAUUUCUUGGGUUUUUGUCAGCUGCGCGUCUUUUGCCGUUAGUGAUGUUUGAAAUCAGGUUCACUUCCGAUUUUUCCAGUUUUACAUCGUUCUCUUCAUGAUGAACCGCCGUCGACUCGAAAAGAUUCAGGAGGAGAGAGUGGACGACAAGUACUCGCUUAGCGUUCGAUUUCAGCUGUCGGAAAAUCUGAAAGUCAUGACGGUAAUAGAAAAAGUGUGCAUGAGAUAACAAAGAUUAGUCUGCAGCUUCUCCGGAAUGUCGUCAUUUUCUCCGGUGUGAAUAAUCUGAUCAUGGGGAUCAUUCUGACCCUCUACAUGACCAAAUCUUUUCAGUCGGCACAUCCAGUAGCCACUUUGUAUCUUCGUUUCGCAUUCAAUGUCUGUGUAAUCAUGUGAGUUUAUAUUCAUUUCUCUUCUCCUGUACUCCUCAUUUCCAGAUAUUCUCUACUAAUUCCUGUCAUAAUGAUAUUCAGUGUCAAGCAAUACCGUCUCCACUUCUUCUCACUCGGAUUCGUCCGUAAGUUCAUUCUGAGAUCAACCGUAUUCCAAUCCAUUCUCACAGGUUUAAUCCUGUUCCCAGUGGUCGGACGUUGCUUUCCGAACGAGUUCAGCUCGUCCUCCACUCAAGAGAGAAAGAUGACGAUCAGUGCGGAGACCGACUGCUAUUUUGCUAAUCUUUCCAAUCAAUGGGACAAAAAGUUUGACAAACAGUUCUCGCAUUAA